UGUUUAACACAAAUAAAAAGUCUCUCGCAUAUUUUUUGCACUACUGUUGGGAAAGUCUUGAGAAUUUAUAGGAAGUGGGGUGUGUUAGUGAUUCUUUCAGUGGGGUGUGUUAGUGAUCCUUUCAGUGGUCUUAGCGGAAGAAGAAAGUUGCUUGAUGCAGAUGACAUGAG